AUUGUGAAAGACUGGUAGGUUGUGAUAUUAGCGAAAGCAUGGUAAAGUAUGCUAAUGAGCACUAUGCGAAUGAUCACACCAGUUUUAUGGUGUUGGACAUUGAGGGCGACUUACCGAACGAGCUUCGAGGAAAUUUUGAUCACGCAUUUUCAUUCUACGCCAUGCACUGGAUCCAAAAUCAAGAGGUUGGAUUUAGAAACAUAUAUGAUCUACUAUCAGAGGGUGGCGAGUGCUUUUUAGUGUUCAUGGGUCAAUGGCCAAUGUUUGACGUUUAUCGCACCCUAUCUCGUUCAACAAAAUGGAAGUUAUGGAUGGAAGAUGUUGAACGCUUUAUUUCACCCUAUCAUGACUGUCAGGAACCUGAAAAGAAGGUCAAACAAUUGAUGACGUCGAUCGGAUUCACUUCGGUGGAAGUCAAAUGUUUGCAGAAGACAUUUGUUUAUCCCGACCUCGAUGUACUCAAAGGAUCUGUAACAUCAAUCAAUCCUUUCAAAAUACCAAAAGAUUUAGAGGAAGAUUAUGUGGUAGAUUUCUUUAAUGUUCUCCGAGACUUGCGUGUUAUUGAUCAUGCAAGCAGUAACGUCGAUGAACCGAUCAAAGCGACAUUCAACUACCAUCUUAUUGUAGCCAAGGGAAGAAAAUAGUCGAUUUUUUAAGUAAAACGUUUGUAAAGUAAUACAAAGUUUUUAAAGUAGUACAAAAUAUUAAUAUGACUUAA